CCCCCAUCGCUGGGCGCAUGUGGAAAUUCGGCUUACUUCUCGCGUUAAAGCGUGGCGAGCCGUGCGAAUCUAGACUACGUCGGGGAUCGAACGUCACGUAAAUGGCGAGCAGCGUAUAUGACGUAUACGGGACGGCGUAAAGGGGAAAAAUAGGAUUGAUUUGUCGCUUGGUCUGUCGGGUCGUCGGGUUCACGGAGGCCAGGUCGCAUUGUCAACAGCCUAACAACGGACGACAACGCGCAGCCGGACGAGUCGUAUCCCGUUUAUUCGCGGUGGCGAGCGACACGUCCGCAGAAGGAUGGCGACUUGACCUCUCACGAAGAAUGGAAUGCUGUGCGCAACGAAUAUCCAAAUAAAAUCCACUCAAUCGGUGCUACCAAAAGUAUAAGAUGGCGGACGUUGAUCCUGAGACCUUGCUGGAAUGGCUCAGUAUGGGACAAGGGGACGAGAGGGACAUGCAGUUGAUUGCGUUGGAGCAAUUGUGUAUGCUCCUGCUUAUGUCUGAUAACGUCGAUCGUUGCUUCGAAUGUUGCCCGCCACGCACGUUUCUCCCAGCGCUGUGCAGGAUUUUUCUGGACGAAUUGGUGCCAGACAGCGUCUUGGAAGUGACCGCUCGAGCUAUCACGUAUUACUUGGACGUUUCGGCGGAAUGUACACGAAGGGUAGUGGCUAUGGAAGGCGCCGUCAAGGCCAUUUGCAGCCGGCUUUCUGGCGCCGGCCUCGGUUCCAGAGCCAGUCGGGAUCUGGCGGAGCAAUGUAUAAAGGUGUUGGAGCUUGUGUGCGCGAGGGAAGCGGGUGCUGUGUUCGAGGCCGGCGGCCUUCCUUGCGCUUUAUGUUUCAUUCGAGAACACGGAGCACGUGUGCAUCGGGACACACUGCACUCAGCGAUGGCAGUAGUCACCCGGCUGUGCGGCAAAGUGGAACCCCAAGACAAAGCUCUGCCGGAUUGCGUCGAAGCGCUGUCGGUCCUACUAAGGCACGAGGACGCGCACGUCGCGGACGGGGCGCUUCGUUGCUUCGCGUCGCUGGCAGAUAGGUUUUCCAGAAGGGGCACGGACCCUGCGCCGUUGGCUUCGAACGGAUUAGUUUCUGAACUUUUGUACAGAUUAUCAAACGCUGCAGGUCCUGGCACUUCUGCUACGGCGACGUGCAGCAACCCGAAAACGCCCCCGCCACCCAGUAGCGCGACGACAGUGCCGGCUCCGGAGCCGAAAUCCUGUGCUUCAGUUUCAACUAUAAUCAGUCUUCUGUCGACACUCUGCAGAGGAUCGCCAUCGAUCACACACGACCUCUUACGUUCCGAAUUACCCGACGCGAUCGAGAAGGCACUAAAGGGGGACGAGCGAUGCGCUCUCGACUCCAUGAGACUGGUGGACCUCCUGUUGGUCUUGCUGUUCGAGGGGAGAUCGGCGUUAGGUCGCAGUACCACGGGCGGACCGUCCGGGCCUUUAUUACCGAGACUGAGACGCUUGGACAGCGCUGGCGAAAAGUCGCACCGGCAACUGAUCGAUUGCAUACGUUCAAAGGAUACGGACGCGCUGAUAGAGGCGAUCGACUCGGGUGGCAUCGAAGUGAAUUUCAUGGACGACGUCGGACAGACCUUGCUCAAUUGGGCCUCCGCUUUCGGCACUCAAGAGAUGGUCGAGUUCUUGUGCGACCGGGGAGCGGACGUGAACAAAGGUCAGCGUUCGUCGAGCUUGCACUACGCGGCUUGUUUCGGCAGGCCGGCCAUCGCCAAGGUUCUCCUCAGACACGGUGCCAAUCCCGAUCUACGGGACGAGGACGGCAAGACACCUCUGGACAAGGCGAGAGAGCGCGUCGACGAAGGGCACAGGGAGGUCGCGGCUAUUCUACAGUCACCUGGCGAAUGGAUGUUACCGCCGAAUCAAGAGCACCGGAAGCUCGAGACCGAAGUGGAGGAGUUCACCGAACCGAAGGGGGAUCCCGAGAUGGCGCCUGUCUACCUGAAACGAUUAUUACCAGUGUUCUGUGCUACCUUCCAGUCAACAAUGUUACCGAGUGUUAGGAAAGCGAGUUUAAGUUUGAUCAGGAAAAUGGUGCACUACAUCCAACCGGAGUUACUUAUAGAGACCUGCGGAUCCGACAGCACCGGCGGGUGCGGAGCCAUGCUCGUGGAGGUGAUCGCCAACGUGCUGGACAACGAGGAGGACGAGGACGGUCACCUGGUCGUUCUGCAGAUGAUACAGGACCUGAUGAUCAAGGGCAAGGACGAGUUCCUGGAGCACUUUGCGCGUCUUGGGGUGUUCUCGAAGGUGGCCGCUCUGGCCGGGCCGCAGGAGACCACGCCUGAGCCGGAAGCGGAGUCGAAUCAGUCGGGCGAGGAGCAGCGGAUGGAGGAUGCGAAGGAGCUGCUGGUGGGAAGGGCGUAUCACUGGAGGGACUGGUGCAUAUGCAGGGGCCGAGACUGCCUGUACAUCUGGUCGGACGCGGCAGCUUUGGAACUGUCGAACGGAAGCAACGGGUGGUUCCGGUUCAUCCUUGACGGCAAACUGGCGACUAUGUACUCCAGCGGUAGCCCGGAGGGUGGAUCCGACACGUCGGGAAAGGGGAGGAACACAGAGUCGCUUACUACCGAAGAGAACCGCGGCGAAUUUCUGGAGAAGCUACAGAGGGCACGCAGUCAGUUGAAAGUGAACUUCGUGAGUCAGCCUGUACUGUCGCGCCCCGGCACUACGCGCUUGGUCGUGGGAAAUUGGGCACUGUCCAGCAGGAAGGAGAGCGAGCUCUGCAUACACAACAGCGACGGCCAACAGCAGGCCACCAUUCUGAGGGAGGAUCUGCCGGGCUUUAUCUUCGAAUCGAACCGUGGCACUAAGCAUUCCUUCACAGCGGAAACCAGCUUAGGCCCAGAAUUCGCGGCUGGUUGGACCGGCAAGAGAGGCAAGAGAUUGAGAUCGAAGAUCGAAGCGAUCAAGCAGAAGGUGAAAGUGCAAGCUCAGGAGAUCUACGAGCGUUACUUCAAGGCGGCACAGGCUCAGCCGCGCGGCGUGGUGGCGAAACUCGGCGCCAUCGUCAGCCAGAUCGAGAAAGCGACGCAGAAGCAGCAAUCGGGCAAUCGCGAGUGGCGUAAUAUACUACAGACCGCGUUAGAACAGCUGAAGGUGCUGCUGAACGAGGAAGGCCGAGUGUCGGCGUACGAGUUGCACUCCAGCGGUCUCGUGCAGGCGUUGCUCGCUCUGUUGGCCGCACCUCCGGGACCUUCGCCGCCGACUCUCAGAGCGACCAAACUCAGGAUGCAGAGGAUAACUGUGUUCAAGAGCUGCUUCCAGACGAAAGACACGAACAAGGAGCACAACUCCGCCAAGAUUUUAGUUCACAAAUUGGUCUCGGUGUUGGAGUCGAUAGAGAAAUUACCCGUCUACCUGUACGACACUCCCGGAUCGGGCUAUGGUCUGCAGAUCUUGACGAGAAGAUUACGCUUUAGAUUGGAGAAAGCCUCCGGCGAGAGCGCGUUGAUAGACAGAUCCGGUCGCAGCUUGAAGAUGGAGCCGCUCAGCACGAUACAACAGCUGGAGAAUCACUUGUUGAAGAUGGUAGCUAAACAGUGGCACGACCACGACCGGUCCACGUUCACGUUCGUGAAGAAACUGAAGGAGGAGAGUAGGAUAACGUUCAAGUAUCAGCACGACUUCGACGAGAACGGCGUGCUGUAUUGGAUCGGGACGAACGCGAAGACCUGUUCAGAAUGGGUGAAUCCGGGCCAGUACGGCCUGGUGGUGGUGACGUCGAGCGACGGGAGGAACCUGCCGUACGGCCACCUGGAGGAUAUACUCAGCCGCGACCCGUCGGCGCUCAACUGUCAUACCAACGACGACAAGCGCGCCUGGUUCUCGAUAGAUCUCGGAGUCUGGAUCAUCCCGAACGCCUAUACCCUGCGACAUGCGAGAGGCUACGGCAGGAGCGCUUUGAGGAAUUGGAUGUUCCAAGCGUCGAAGGACGGCGUCACGUGGAUCACGCUGUACACCCACGUGGACGACUGUUCCCUGAACGAGCCGGGCAGCACGGCCACGUGGACGCUGGAACCCCCGAGCGAGGAGACGCAGGGCUGGCGACACUUGCGGUUGCAGCAGAUCGGCAAGAACGCCUCCGGCCAGACGCAUUAUCUGUCGGUGUCCGGCUUUGAGGUUUACGGUGAGGUGACUGGGGUGUGCGAGGAUCUGGGUCGCGCUGCCAAGGAGGCCGAGGCCGGGGUGCGCAAGCAGAGGCGAUUCAUUAAGGCGCAGGUCCUCAAGCACCUGGUCGCCGGAGUUCGGGUGGCCAGAGGUUUGGAUUGGAAGUGGAGAGAUCAGGACGGUGUGCCGCCAGGCGAAGGCACAGUAACGGGAGAGUUGCACAACGGUUGGAUAGACGUGACGUGGGAUCACGGUGGAUCGAAUUCGUACAGAAUGGGCGCGGAGGGGAAAUAUGAUCUCAGAUUGGUCGGCACUACUCUCGAGACAGACAGUGCGACUAAAUGUAAGAGUAGCGGUGGAGUUUUAACGGGUCGAAAGUCAAGUAGCACUCCCAGCUUGCCCGAUUGCACCGACACCGCUAUGCGCGGCUCGGUCGCCUCCACGGAUCAAGCCGCGAGCGCGGAUAAUUUGGCGGCAAAGCAGGCUGCCGAGUCGAUAGCGGAGAGCGUGUUAUCGGUGGCCCGUGCGGAGGCGGUCGUCGCCGUGACUGGCGAGGGUGGAGCGAACUCCACGAGCGAGCUGUCAGUCGUGCUGCACCCCAGGCCGGACACCACUGUCACCAGCGACUUGGCUACUAUCGUCGAAAGUCUCGCCCUUAACACGGAUUGCCCAGCUAACAGUACUAGUAACCGCGCCUCCAGCUCCAAGCCACUUUUCGCUACUCUGAGAGGUAACAAGGCUAGUGGAGGCUUAUUGAGUUUAGAGGCCGCCGAGGUUCUGGAUCGUAUGAGAGAAGGCGCUGACAGGUUACGGAAUAAUACUAAUAGUUUUCUGAGCGGUGAACUGCUCGGCUUGGUUCCCGUUAGAAUCAGCGUGUCAGGCGAGUCCGAUGAGAACUCGCUGAGAAUAAAGUCUGUAUCGAGGCAUCAUCCUACGGGGAUCGCCGAUGUUGCUAAAGACUGUACUCGAGAGAAAGAGGCUAGCUCGUCUACGCAAAAUACAACGGGUGGUUGUCCUGUUGUGGUUACCAAUCCCAUGUCGGUAUCUGUGCCUAAUCUCGCUUGUUCCGAUGCUAACAAUACCUUGGAACCAACAGCUGCUACUGGUUUAUUGGAAACUUUUGCUGCGAUGGCGCGAAGACGAACGUUAGGACCCGCGGGUGGACAACAUCUCGCUUCGAAUUCUAAUACGAGCUCGAAUUCACGAGGACCGAAUUCCGUGUCUAGCCUUGUGCGACUGGCGCUCAGUCCUAAUUUCCCCGGUGGGUUGCUUAGCACGGCGCAAAGUUACCCGAGCUUGACUAGUAGCGGACAGGUGGCCGGUAGUGGCGUCACUACGACGACUGGACCAGGCUUAGGGCAAGCGCUCACCAUGUCUCUGACCAGUACGAGCAGUGAUAGUGAGCAGGUCAGUUUGGAAGACUUCUUGGAGUCUUGCGGGGGCGUGGCAACCUCCAGCGUCGGUGGAGGUCGAACCACCGGGGCGCCCACGCUCUUAGCCGAGUUGGAAGACGACGAAGAUGGUGUUCUGGAGGAGGAAGAGGACAACGAGGAGAACGACCAAGAAGAGGAAGACGAGGAGAAUGAGGAGGAGGGCGACGGCUGUGAGGGCGAGUACGAGGAGGUGAUGGUGAGCCGCAAUCUCUUGGCGGCGUUUAUGGAAGAUGAGACGCCGCAGAGCAGCAAGCGACGCGCGUGGGACGACGAGUUCGUGCUGAAGCGCCAGUUCUCCGCGCUCAUCCCCGCCUUUGACCCGCGUCCCGGCCGAACGAACAUCAAUCAGACAACGGACUUGGAGGUCCCCCCGCCCGGCAGCGAGGCGCAAAUCAAUAGCCGCGUUGGAUCGCUGCCCAUGCCUAGACUCUCCUUGUCGUUGAAGGGGCCGGGAUUCCCCGGUGUAGCGGACGUCGAGAUACCCCUCUCAGAUCCCCACGCUAGUAUCUUUCAAGCUGUUCAGGAAUUGAUGCAGCUGACCGAAUUGGGCAGUCGCCAGGAGAAACUGAGAAGGAUAUGGGAACCGACCUACACUAUAAUAUACAAAGAAGCCAGGGACGAGGAGUCAUCCGGCAGAGCGACGCCGAUCGUGACGCUGUACUCGCGUAACGCCACGCAGAACGCGAACGCGUGCACCGUGGAGGACGUCCUGCAGCUGCUGCGGCACGUGUUCGUCCUAAGCACGGUGCGGGACGACGGCAGACCGGUCGCGCUGGAGCAGGAAGAGCCGGACGACGCCGGCUGCUGGAUUCACCCGGACGACUUCACGUCCAAGAAGAUCACGAACAAGAUCGUACAGCAGAUUCAGGACCCGCUGGCACUGGCGGCCGGCGCGCUGCCAAAUUGGUGCGAGGAGCUCGCGCGCAGCUGCCCGUUUUUGCUGCCCUUCGAGACCAGGCGGCUCUACUUCAGCUGCACCGCGUUCGGCGCCUCGCGUUCGAUCGUGUGGCUGCAGACGCAGCGCGACGCGAUCCUCGAGCGACAACGAGCACCGGGCCUGAGCCCACGACGCGACGACAGCCACGAGUUCCGCGUCGGCAGGCUCAAGCACGAGAGAGUCAGCGUGCCCAGGGGAGAUAAGUUGUUGGACUGGGCGGAACAAGUGCUGAAGGUGCACGCGAGUCGAAAGAGCAUACUCGAGGUUGCGUUCGUGGGAGAGGAGGGUACCGGGCUGGGGCCUACUUUAGAAUUCUUCGCGUUGGUCGCGGCGGAAUUGCAGCGCCGGGACUUGGACCUCUGGCUGUGCGACGACGUAACGGACGGCAACGACGAUGAGGAGGAGAACGGUGCGCGGAUCUUGAACGACGACGAGCAGUGCAUCACCACCGAGGAGAAGAUCCGGCCGGCUGGUUACUAUGUGACACGCGCCAGCGGCUUGUUUCCAGCCCCGUUGCCGCAAGAUUCGGCAGCUUGCGACCGCGCUGUUCGAUAUUUCUGGUUCCUAGGGGUCUUCUUGGCGAAGGUCCUACAGGACAAUAGAUUAGUAGAUCUACCGUUGUCCCGUCCAUUCUUAAAACUAAUGUGUCGUGGUGAUAUCUCGAACAAUGUUAACGAGAAGAUCGGUCUCACCGGCGUAACGCAGGAGAGCAUGUCGUCCAGCAUGUCGAGCAGCUUUAUCUCGGAAGAGGGCGAGACCGAUGCGGCGUACUCCGCGCUGGAGCCUAGCCCGUGGUACGCCGGCUUGCUGGACAUCGAGGACCUCGCCGAGGUGGACCCCGUGCGGGGGGAGUUCCUCAAGGAGAUACAGAACGCGAUCACGAAGCGCGAUCGGACCUUCUCCGACGGCCCGAACGCCGUAGUCGACGAGGAGACCACCUCGUCGUUGUACAUUUCCCAUCAGUCCGGCAUCUCAGUUGCCAUCGAAGAUUUAGCGUUAACCAUGACGUAUUCACCAAGUUCGAAAGUGUAUCAACAUGAGGUGGAGUUAGUGGAGAACGGAGCGGAGGUCGCGGUGACGAUAGAGAACGCGAGGGAGUACACCAAUCUCACCAUCAACUACUGCCUUAACCAGGGGAUAUGCCGGCAACUCGAGGCAUUCAAGUCGGGCUUCUCCAAGGUCUUCCCGAUGGAGAAACUACACGCCUUUAGCCCGGAGGAGAUGAGGGCGAUGCUCUGCGGCGAACAGCAUCCGCAAUGGACGAGGGAGGACUUGCUCAAUUACACCGAGCCAAAAUUGGGGUACACGAAGGAAAGUCCUGGCUUCCAAAGGUUCGUCAACGUGUUGUUGUCGCUGACCGGUUCGGAGAGAAAAGCGUUCUUGCAAUUCGCCACCGGGUGCUCGGCCCUGCCUCCGGGUGGUCUGUGCAACCUACAUCCCAGAUUGACCGUCGUGCGCAAGGUGGACGCCGGCUCCGGUGGUUAUCCUUCUGUUAACACCUGUGUUCAUUACUUAAAAUUACCGGAAUAUCCUACUGAAGAAAUCCUGAAGGAGAGACUCUUGGCCGCUACCCGGGAACGAGGAUUCCACUUGAACUAAAGGAAAUACCUUAUUUCGUUCGCGCCCGAGGGAGGAGAGAGGAAGAGGAUUCUCGAAUUGUAUUCGUAGAUUAUAUUCACGGAGGAGAAAAUUAUUAUACUUAACAGAACGAUACUACGUUUAUAUAUGUAUGUAGGAGAGAACGAGAGUACGC